GCCUGGCUUCUGAGCAUGCGCAGUGGCAUCCAUGCGCCCACGCCGCCUCGGAGGGUCCUGGGCAUCAUGGCGGAGCCGGAGGUUUCCUUACAGACUAGUGCCCGGACCCCGCAGGCUGCCGCAUCCUCCGCCGCUACCGCCUCUUCAGUCACAGCUCCGCCUGCGUCCUCCGGAGGCGGAUCCGGAGGAAGCAGCAGCACCAGCAGCAGCGAUCCGGUUCGCCCGGGAUUAAGUCAGCAACAGCGCGCGAGUCAGCGCAAAGCGCAUGCGCGGAGCUUCCCGCGGGCAAAAAAGCUGGAGAAGCUAGGGGUAUUUUCAGCGUGCAAGGCUAAUGACUCUUGCAAAUGCAAUGGCUGGAAGAACCCAAACCCUCCCACAGCCCCCCGAAUGGAUCUGCAGCAGACAGUCACCAACCUCAGUGAGCCAUGCCGUAGCUGUGGGCACGCUCUAGCUGACCAUGUGUCUCACCUGGAGAACGUGUCUGAGGAUGAGAUCAAUCGGCUUCUUGGGAUGGUUGUGGAUGUGGAGAACCUUUUCAUGUCUGUGCACAAGGAAGAGGACACCGACACCAAGCAGGUUUAUUUCUACCUGUUCAAGCUCCUGAGAAAAUGCAUUCUGCAGAUGAGCCGCCCAGUUGUUGAGGGAUCUCUUGGGAGCCCCCCGUUUGAGAAACCAAAUAUUGAACAGGGUGUUUUAAACUUUGUGCAGUACAAGUUCAGCCACCUGCCUCCCAAGGAGCGGCAGACCAUGUUUGAGCUCUCCAAGAUGUUUCUCUUGUGCCUAAAUUAUUGGAAGCUGGAAACGCCAUCCCAGUUCCGCCAGCGCUCACAAAACGAUGACGUGGCAACUUACAAAGUCAAUUAUACCCGGUGGCUGUGCUACUGCCAUGUUCCCCAGAGUUGUGACAGCCUUCCUCGAUAUGAAACCACCCAGGUCUUUGGGCGCAACCUGCUCAAGUCCACCUUUACAGUGACUCGUCGGCAGCUGCUGGAGAAAUUCAGAGUUGAAAAAGACAAGUUGGUGCCAGAGAAACGGACUCUCAUCCUCACCCAUUUCCCCAAAUUUCUGUCAAUGUUGGAGGAAGAAAUCUAUGGGGAGAGUUCACCAAUCUGGGAGGCUGAUUUUACUAUGCCUGCAGCAGAAGGAGCCCCUCUUGUUCCCCGUCCAGCUAUCAGCACGGUACCUGCAGCCAGUACUCCGCUUUUUAACAAAUCUUUGAGUUGUAGCUCAUCUUUGGCAUCCAUGAACCUUGAUGGCAGUUCAUUGGAUUCUGUGCCAGGUGAAAAAAGAAAACUCCCUGAGAGCUUGACUCUGGAGGAUGCCAAGCGGAUCCGUGUGUUAGGAGACAUCCCAAUGGAACUUGUUAACGAAGUGAUGUUGACAAUCACAGAUCCAGCAGCCAUGCUAGGGCCUGAGACCAGUCUUCUGUCAGCGAAUGCAGCCCGGGAUGAGACGGCCCGACUUGAGGAGCGUCGUGGCAUAAUUGAAUUCCAUGUCAUCGGCAAUUCGCUCUCACAGAAAUCAAACAAGAAGAUUCUCAUGUGGCUGGUUGGCUUGCAGAAUGUUUUUUCACACCAACUGCCUCGAAUGCCCAAGGAAUACAUCACCCGCCUGGUUUUUGACCCUAAACACAAGACUUUGGCUCUGAUUAAGGAUGGCCGAGUGAUCGGCGGCAUCUGCUUCCGGAUGUUUCCUACACAGGGGUUCACAGAGAUUGUCUUCUGUGCAGUGACAUCCAAUGAGCAAGUCAAGGGCUAUGGGACCCACCUGAUGAAUCACCUAAAGGAGUACCACAUCAAGCACAGCAUUCUCUACUUCCUCACCUAUGCGGAUGAAUAUGCCAUUGGCUACUUCAAGAAGCAGGGUUUCUCCAAAGACAUCAAAGUCCCCAAGACACGAUAUGUUGGUUAUAUCAAGGACUAUGAGGGAGCCACCUUGAUGGAGUGUGAACUGAAUCCCCGGAUUCCCUAUACAGAGCUCUCGCAUAUCAUAAAGAAACAGAAGGAGAUCAUCAAGAAGCUGAUUGAAAGGAAGCAGGCUCAAAUCCGCAAAGUCUACCCGGGCCUCACUUGCUUCAAAGAAGGUGUUCGCCAUAUCCCCAUCGAAAGCAUUCCAGGCAUCCGGGAAACAGGAUGGAAGCCCCUGGGAAAGGAGAAAGGGAAAGAGUUCAAGGAUCCAGAUCAGUUGUAUACCACCUUGAAAAACCUCCUUGCACAAAUCAAGACCCACCCCAGCGCCUGGCCAUUCAUGGAACCAGUGAAGAAAUCCGAGGCUCCAGACUACUAUGAGAUUAUUCGUUUUCCUAUUGACCUCAAGACGAUGACCGAGCGGCUUAAGAACCGCUACUAUGUCACCAAGAAGCUGUUCAUUGCUGACUUGCAGCGCAUCAUCACCAACUGCCGUGAAUACAAUCCGCCCGAGAGUGAUUACUGCAAGUGUGCCAAUACCCUUGAAAAGUUCUUCUACUUCAAGCUCAAGGAAGGGGGACUCAUUGACAAGUAGGAUGUAGCAGCCAACAAUGACUUUUCACUUCCAUCUCUUCCAGCUGGACAUCCCGCUGGCUGCCUUUUGCCGCAUCUCACGCACAAAUCAGAUGCACUUGGCCUCCUCUUCGGCGAUGGAGGCAGGGGCAAGAAGAUGUGGGGAGUUUUGUCUGUGCUUGACAUGUCUCUCUCCAACAGACCAGGAUCUGCAAUCAGCUGUCUUGGUUUCUGAGCCUUAUCACUCCGUCUAUUGUGUCUUCCUUUCCAGAGGAAAGUACGUAACAGGGAGCCCUCUAAGAGACUGUUGUUCUCUUUUUUUCCAGAAGAGAUUCUGAAAGAUCACAAAAGCACCAGAGAUCCUACAACUUGAGGGAUUUGCUAAUAAGGGACUGUACAAUAGCUUCUCUGCUCCUUUCCCAUUCUUUCCCAUUUUUGUUUGUGGGUCUUUUGUGUGGGUCCAUGCUUGCCGGGCUCUGGGAGUUUUGAUUGCUUGCACUCCCAUCAUUGCUUAAGGGCUCAGCCAUUACUUGACAUAUGAAUGUAGAAAAGGGAAGCAGUAGAGGUGAAGGAAAGGAGCAGGAGAAUGGCAACAUAAACUGAUAUAAGUGACAUGGAGUUUUACCUCAUUCUCUUUUCCAUCAAGAGCCUUUGAAGAGACCUUCUCCACAACCUUGCCUUUAUUUUUAAGCCAGCAUAUGACUGUCUGCUUAGUCCGUCACUUGUUUGCUGUUUCUAUUCCUGCGAAGAAAAUGGAUCUUUUGUUAAAGUGUGUCUGGCUACAAAAGGCUGAUCACAAGUCACAGGGUGGAUGGAUGGAUGGAUGGAAGGAAAAAUAGUUUCCUUCCCCAUUUGAGCAGUAUUGUUCUACUCAUAGGGACUUGUUUCCAGUCACUGGUUUAGGUGUCUCACAAAAUCCACUCAAAGCCUGCUGCUAUAUUGAAGCAUCACUUUUUCCUGGAGCAGGUCUGAGAAAUUUGGCUCUCCAGAUGAUUUGGAUGGCAGCUCUCACAGUCCCUUCCCAUUUGCCAUGCUGGUGGUUUCUGGGGUGAGUUUUGAGCCAAAACAUCUGAAAGUAGUGGUAAUAAAUAGACAUUUACUCACCCCAUUUCAGAUCAGAGCGGUUAGAUUUCUUCCUCUGUCUUCUCUUCCUCCCCAGAACACUCUUGCUUCACUUUUCUCCUUGAUCACAUCCUUUUUGAACCAUUCCUGGUUACGUUUUCACCAGCAAUUAUCUGGGGGCACACUUUUCUUUCAUCAAUUCUAGCAUGGUGCAAUGAUCACCAUACCAGAAUUCUAGUCUAUUUCUACCAAAUCUCUUGGAAUUGGUGACUGUGGAAGUUGCAUUUUUGAACCAGCCAUUUUCAUUUCUGACAUGUACUUUGCUAAAUAUAGUGUCUACCAUAUUGGACAUCUCUCAUGCCUUGUUUCAGUUGAAGGGGUUUGGGGAGUUGAGAGGGUUUUUAAUGCCUGUAUGAGUAGCCAUCUUCACUGCUUACCAGGUAAUUUUUAAUUACUUCGGUGAACCUUGUUGAAUUAUGAUUGCUCUGCUGUUAUGCAUGAACAUAACGAUCACUUUUCCUGAAAUACCUGUCACAUAAGGGCGGCUAAUAAAUCUAUUGCCACAUGGUGAAACGAGGUAAAAACACCAAUUGUCAUUCCGUUGAAAAAAUCAACAGAACCAUUCAGUAUUAAUGGAAGGAAGGGAUGGGGAAAAGUGGUUGGCAAGUGGCACGUAUUCAGUUGCCAACCAUUUGGCUCCCUCCAGGGAAGUGGGGUCUGUCCUGGUGGAUCUUGUUGGAGUUUUACUAGUUGCUGUAAGAUUGACAAUGUUGGAUGCACCCACAUUGUACAAGUCAUGCAGUUUAACACCACUUUAGCUGCAAUGAUUUAAUACUAUAGAAACAUAGGAGUUGUAGUUUUACAAGCUCUUUAGUCUUCUCUGCCAAAAAGUGCUGGUGCCUCGCCAAACUACAACCCCCAGGAUUGUUUAGCAUUGAGCUACGGCAGUUAGAAUGGUGUCAAACUAUUAAUUCUACUGUGUUGAUUCACUCGUAUACAAAACUAUUUGAUUAACCUCACAUUAGGGAUACAACAUAAAACAUAACGGCUACCUGUCAGUAUCCCAUCAAUGCAUUUUCCUCAGUUACAGAGUAAGGAAGGUGUGUCAUGGGAACCAGUUCAAACAUUUGCUGUUGUCUCAUUCCAUUUUCUUUCCCCAACUUUUUGUUUCUACCUGCUUUCCCUUCCUCUUAUUAUAGAAGAUUUGUUUGCCCUUUUUGUCCUAUAGAGCCCUAUAAUGGGGGAGCAGAGGGACAGAGGAAAACAUUUGAAUUGAUGAUCCAUCUGCCUUCUCUGAAGUGAUUGUUGCCUUCUGUCGACCACAUCUGUAUGCUUAACUUGUACAGUUACAGAGUGUAAAAUCUACCAUUCUGGGCCUUUCUGUAUUGUUGUCAUUCCAUUUUUUAAAAUACAUCAAAGAAAAAAAAAUAAAGAGUAUGUCAGAAAAAGAAAA